AUGGGGUCAUCAUCACGGCCUAUGACGCCUAAUUCACAGCAAAGGAAGAAUGUACGAAGACACCUGCAUCGCUCGUCUGGAGUGUAUUUACUUUCGCAGUCGCCCAAGAUUCAUUAUCCAGUUGAUCCUGACAAUUUACCUUUAGAGUCAGCUACAAACACAGAGAAAUUUGAGCAAUUAAGCGACGGAAUAGAGGAGCUUGAUAGUAAUAUGGUUGAUUUAGUACUGAUACACGAAGCAAUAUCCAGUGGUUUCAAUGAAUCUUUCGCUAGUUUUUUGUACGGGCUUUCAAUAACAAUGUGGUGUGUAGAUUACCCAGGCUGCCCCACACGCACUAGCUGGGAGAAGUUACAGCAAGUUAAAGGCAUAGACGAAAGGAUACGGGAUCUUCAAGAAAGUAUAAAAGACUCGAAAGAGGUGAAUGAAAAACUAAGGGAAAAAUUAGCGUUAUUGGAUACUAGGAAGAGAACUGCGAAAUCAACGCAAACACAGGAAGCCAAAAGAAAAAUCGGUCAAUCCAAGGCAGAACAUAUUUCAAGACCCUCUGGAGAGGACGAGUCAUACGUUACAAAUGAAGGGUCUUUUGUGAUCAAUCCUCCAGCCCUUCUAGGCCGAACGUCAAGAAUACCCCAACCAGUCAAAAUAAAAGUCAACGGACCGACUAAGAGUCUUGAAAAUAAUGAAGUCACUGUAAAAUCUUCAGGAAAAGGUCCCAAUUUGAAUCAACCACCUCGUUAUAUGCGUGGUCUCUUUGAUAGCAGCAAUACGACGCGUAACGCCGACUCAAGUAAACAAGAUAAGCCUAAUGGGAGGGUAGCUAGGUCAUCUAUUCGAACAGUCCGUUCAACUGGGCCCGCAUCGCGUCCAGCAUUUAGGUGA